UAAUUGUGUGUUGUGAAAUAAAACUCAAGUAACCCAAGAUCAAGGACUUUCAUUUAUAUUACAUGGUGUCAGAAGUCAAGAAGAACUCAAGUCAAAAAAGUCGAAGUCUGGAAGACAGUCGGUCGCGAAAAUGGACCAGUCGAGUUCCGAGCCAUGCGGCGUGGGCGACCAUAAUGGCGUCCAAGGCCUUAACAGCAAAAUAAAAUCACUGCAAAUUUCGUCAGAUUCCACAAAUAAUAAUGCGGAGGCGUGGAAACGCUGGUGGCAGCAGUUGGAGCUGUAUCUGUUGGCCACGGGUUUGGAUAAGGCAACCGAAAAGCGCAAGAUAGCUAUCUUGUUGCAUCUCAUAGGUGAAAAGGGCUUAAAUAUAUUCAAUACUUUCAACCUCACCAUUGAGAAGACCACGCUUGCCGAAGUCAAGUCCAAAUUUCAGAAUUUUUUUGAGCCCAGAAGGAACAUAACCAUGUGCCGUCACAUGUUCUUCACCAGAAAGCAACAGAAAUCCGAGUCGAUCGAAGGAUUCCUAGCAGAUCUGGAGAACAAAAGCCAAGAUUGUGAAUUUGGAACACUCAGGGAAUCGCUCAUCAGGGAUAUUUUCAUUGCAAAUCUGCAUAUGGAUUUAGCACAUGUACGUCAGAGACUACUCCAGGAACCUGAUCUGACAUAUCAGAAGAUGCGAGAACUGGCAACAAGUUGGUAUUGAUUUAAUGUAUAUUGAUAACCUUUCUUAUUUAAUUGUUACAGAUUAUUACUCUAAAUACAUAGAGAUAGCUUUGUUAAAUAAAAAUAGUACAGCCAAAAAUGUAAUUACACAUUUAAAGUCUAUUUUUGCCCGUCAUGGUAUACCUUUGUCAUUAGUGUCUGACGGUGGACCUCCUUUCCAAUCUUUAGAAUUCAAGAAUUUUUUACAUGAAUGGGACAUAGAACAUAUUAUUACUAGCCCAUAUCAUGCACAGUCAAAUGGUCAAGCAGAAAGUUCAGUCAAAAUUGUAAAAAAUAUGUUGAAAAAAUGUAAAGAAAAUUCGUCUGAUCCUUAUAUAGCCUUAUUACAAUAUAGAAAUACGCCUAAAAAUAAUUUACCAUCCCCAGCACAACUGUUAAUGUCUAGGAAUUUAAGAGAUAAUGUUCCAAAGUCAUAUAAAAAAUUAAAACCAAAGGUUGUAAAAUUUAAAGAUUACAAAGAAUGUGUAAACAAGAAUAAUGUCAAUAAGUCAAAAUAUUAUAAUAGAAAUUCUAAGCCUUUGUCAUUGUUGUAUCCUAAUGAUCAUGUCUACUUUAGAAGAAAACCAAAUUAUAAUUGGGAACAUGCCAUUGUCAAGCAAAGGCUGGCAAAUAAUAGGUCAUAUGUCAUUGAGGAUGUCAAUGGAGUUAGGUAUAGGAGAAAUAGAAUUCACUUAAGACAUAAGUACUCUCCUAUGCUAUCCAACUCGUCGUCGUCGUCGUCAUCGUCGCAGGGGAGAGAGGAUGGUGACAGUCAGAAGGCUGGACCUCAAGAACUCUCAUCUCAAUCCUCAAGUAGUCAAAUUGUCACACGUUCAGGUCGAUUUGUAAAGCCUUCUCGUAGGCUAAUAGAAGAAAUAGAUUAAGUAUAUAAUUGUAAUCUAAAUUAAGUCAUAAUUAAGUAAAAACCUUUGUCUAUCAUAACUAUGUAUAAUAAAGUCAAUUUUUGUCAAGUCA